AUGGAUAGCCUGCCUGUGGAGUUACUGGCUUACGUCGUCGAAUUCUGCGAUCAUGCAUCUCAGAAGCAACUGAGAGGCGUGAACAAAGACUGGGAGGAUCUCACGAAUCCUCACGUCUUCGCACAUAUCUACAUCGCAAGUUUUCAAGCAGAGCUAUCCAGCUUCCAGACAUUGGCGUGUUCGCGCCUCGCGAAAUACGUCAAGAAAUUGACGUACUUCACCGAUACAUUGCCGAAGCUUUCAAAGAAAACAUACCAGGGCUGUAUCGACCUUCGCCCAGACUUUCACAAGUUCCGCAAUCAGAAUGCAGACAAGUAUCCUGACGAGCCAAGGACGGUUUAUCGGCCCCACACCCGCAAUGAUGUGUUCUCGCGUGCAUGGGAUGCUUGGGCAGAAUUGCCUCGUCACUCUUUCACGAAGAAACAGAUCAAUGAAGGGUGGGAAGUGUAUAAGCGGCUUUUUCAGGAACAGAAGACUUGGAACGCCAAUUUGCAAGGUCAGAUGCUACAGCAGAGUUUUGCGAAGCUGCCGAAUCUGACCGAAAUUGAGAUUGCGAGAGCAAUGGCUGAGACGAGGAGUACGAGUGAGUGGCCAUUGUGGUCAAGGAUUCGCCAGGAGUUGUUGCUCGGGCCUGAUGACUGGCGUGAACAAUACACACCAGAACCAGACCCGCGCAAGAUCGACUUCCCAGUCACGGAGCACGCAGUUCUGUGCUUGCUCGAAGCCAUCGCGCAAAGAAAUCGAGUCCUGGUUAACGACACUGAUGGUGCUUGCAGACCAGUGACCAAGCUCCUGCUCCAACACCAAUUCCUUGAUCCAUCCUCUCUAUUAGCCAAUUGGUCCAACUCAUUAUACGGAACUGCACCAGCAACCCGAGAAUGGGCCGUCUCUCAUACAGGCCGUCUUCCACUCGCAACAGCAUUCAGCAACCUCACACGUCUGACCAUGUGGCUUCACUUCGACGACGAGAGGCCUUUCCAUUUCCAAGCCUCAGUCUUCGCCCAACUGCACCACUUCCUAUACGCGGCUUCCAAGCUGCAGACGCUCAUCCUUCAAAUCGAAUGCCCGGACCACUUCGGCGAAGAUCUAGAAGACUUCAAUGGAACGGCACCUUCCGCCAAUGUCUUCGAUACCACCGUCACCAUAUGGCCAGACAUCACAUAUCUCGCACUAUCGGCCAACGUCGACACUGACAAACUAUUGCGCUUCCUCUACCUCCACUCCAAGACCAUAAAACACUUACGACUCACCGAUAUGAUCGUCCGGGACGUCCCCAAACUAAUCGACCACCUCCCUUCGACCAUCUCCCGCAACUUAGAAACGAUCUAUCUCCGUCAACUCUGGCACGAAGGCAUCGAAAGCCUCCCCCAUAACGAAAUCCACGAAGACAUCAGUGAAUGGGACUUGUGCUUCCUCUCACAAUCGACAGAUUUCAACGCACCCUACGAGAAAUCCGCUUGGAGAAUUCGAGAGAACUGA